UAUUUUGUUUGAAAAACCUAUUCCCUGUUUCACAGAGGACCGUUUAAUUGUACGCAAUAAUUUUGGCCAUCAGUAUCAGAUAACAAGGGUUGAAAAAUCUGUGAAAAGCUGUACGCAGAACCCAGUACAGGGGGAACAUCGGAACGGACCAUUUGUACGUUGCAAAGAAUGCGUAGCCAUUGUUGGUGCUGCGAUCGUUAGUUUGUAGAUCCGAAAUCAUCAUGGGAACGGAAAAGCAUCCGAUAAUAGAAGGGCUGAGUAAAAUGUCUGCGGAUUUGGGUGCAGGGUACUGAUACGAUAUUAUCAAUAAAUCUAAAUGCAAGGUGAAACAAUAAAUGGACAAACGUGAGUGGGCUGCCCCGAAUAAAUUUUAUGAUAGUGCGAGUGAGGUGACGGAGGGCGGGCAGCGGCUGGUGACUGGCGGCGGGGAACGGAUCGGCCAUAACACCAAGCUAGCGAGCAGGGAGAAAGCGUAGAGCGAGUUCCGAGGCGUAGUGGUAGUGUUUUUGAUAAAAUUCCGAUUGAAAAACGGCCGGCAAUCAUCAGGUAGGUGGUUCUCUAUAAUCCUGAGUGCCACACGAUUAAAUUGUGACAUGAAUAUCGGUGCAUGUACGCCGGUGUGCCGCAUAAAUAACGAAACAUAUCAAUAGACCUCGAAGCUUUCUUUCCCGAGUGGGCAAACCGCCAUGUUGAAUGAAACCUACGUGAAAUAAAAGACCCGAUAAAUCGACCGAUUUUGGUUCUGUUGAUAUCGAAAAAGCCUCGUUCUCCUGAUUACUUGGUACCUCCAAACAUCCUAUCAACUGACUGACGUCUUUCUCUAUCGCUUUGGUUAGGCGCGGAUCCCGCCAGCCAGCUCGACCGAACGAACGACGGACGGACAGACAGACAGACCGACCGAGGCCGAGGACGAGCGAGGACGAGCGACGAGGCUAUUGCCUACCUCUACCAAGAUUAGUGGUGCUCCUACUUUUCCCGUUCUUUUGCCUUCGGACCAAAGCUUAUCUUUAUCAUCAUGUAUCGUCCUCGUCUUCGUCGUCGCCUUCCUCAUCAACUGUGCUCAUCUAUCGCGUUGGUUAUCCGCUGAUCUCGUUCUACCCGCCGUCCGUCUGCCUGCCUACCUGCCAGUUAUCUUAGUGACUAGUGUUUUGUGUUCGGUGCCUCUGAUCAGCUUGGAUGUUGCUAGAGUCGCAAGUCUUGGCUGGAGGUACGGCGAAUCACUGCAGAGUACAAGGCUGACAUCAGAGCCGCCGUUGUUCGGUAGGCUUGAGUAGUGUUAUGCCGCCUUGGUGCCAACCUCCCAGGUCACAGCCCAAUCAUCUCGUCAGCAACCAAUUAGCGAGCUAUGAUGCUCACUUCAGAGUAUAUACUUGCAAGCUUGGUUGUUGAUGAAGCUUCGUAACGUCAACUGUCAACGUAAAGCAGUUACCUGCUGCGUAGCGUUUAUGUUCCAUAUAUGUCUGAAAGAAGCGAAGUCAAGAUGCAGCAGGUGGACACUAUCUCGCAAAAUAAUUCUUUAGAUGUGGAGGAGCGAGAGAGGCUGUGUAAUAUACCCAAGACGAGUGCACCUGGUAAGACGUCGAGUGCACCAGCUAUUCCUCCGAAGGAACCACCUCCUAGAGACGAGCCUGCCGUUGAACCGGUAAACGGUGUGGUACAACCACCCGUAGUGCCGCCGCCCACUCGACCCGGUCGCGUUACCAAUCAGCUUCAAUUUCUCCAAAAAGGUGUACUCAAGCCAGUAUGGAAGCACCAAUUUGCCUGGCCUUUUCAACAGCCUGUAGAUGCCAAAAAGCUGAACUUGCCAGACUACCACAAAAUCAUCAAACAGCCGAUGGAUCUUGGCACGAUAAAAAAGCGGUUAGAAAACAAUUAUUAUUGGAGCGGCAAAGAAUGCAUUCAAGAUUUCAAUACGAUGUUUACCAACUGCUACGUGUACAACAAGCCAGGAGAAGAUGUGGUAGUAAUGGCACAAGCUCUCGAGAAGCUGUUUCUCACAAAGGUUGCACAAAUGCCAAAGGAGGAGGUGGAGCUAGAUCCACCCGUCCCAAAAGGCCCAAAAGGUAAAAAGGCCACCGCUGGAAGAGUUGGCCUCGGUCCAGGCGUGGCUGUGGGUGCUCCUGUCGGAGCUGGAAGAGGUCGACCAUCCUCUGUAGCAGCUGCUGUAAGUUCGAGUAUACCGAACAGCAUGACGCCAUCGGCGACAUCCGCAGGAACGACGGGAAUCAUACCAAUGCCACCACUGGGGACUCAGGCUCCGACUUCUGUGCCUGGCAGCACUAACACAACCACAAUAGCUCCUCCAGCGAGCAUAGGAGUGCCACCUAUGGCGACCCAUAACUCCUUACCCCAACAAGUUGUUCCUCCUACAAGUGGGUACCAUGCGCAAGCUGCGAUGGAGACACAAGCUCCACCUUCCGCGCCUCCACCCCUGCCCGUUCCCACUGCACCUACCGUAAUGCCACCCUCGCAGCCUGCCAAGCUCAAAAAAGGAGUGAAAAGAAAGGCUGAUACUACCACACCAACCGCUAACUCUUUCGAACCCCUUUACCACCCACCACUUGACGCAAAAAAUGCCAAGAUUUCAACGCGGCGGGAGUCUGGCAGACAAAUCAAGAAGCCGACGAGGCAAGCAGAAGACGGCCUGGUGCCGUUCCACCAGGCCAACAUGCCCCUGAUGGGGCCCAUGGCCCAACAGCCACAACAUGCGGGUGGUAAAUCCAAGGAGAAGUUGUCAGAAGCCUUGAAAUCCUGUAAUGAAAUACUAAAAGAGCUGUUCUCGAAAAAGCACUCGGGUUACGCAUGGCCAUUCUAUAAGCCCGUAGAUGCCGAACUCCUUGGUCUCCAUGACUAUCACGAGAUCAUCAAAAAACCGAUGGAUCUUGGAACUGUAAAGAAUAAAAUGGACACCCGUGAAUAUAAGACUGCGCAAGAGUUUGCCGGUGACGUAAGACUUAUAUUCACGAAUUGUUACAAGUAUAAUCCUCCAGAUCACGAUGUCGUUGCAAUGGCGAGAAAACUCCAGGACGUCUUUGAAAUGAGGUAUGCGAAAAUUCCCGAUGAACCACUCGGUGGAUUAGUUGGCAUUAACGGCAGCAGUACUAGCGGCAGCAGUUCUGGCUCUGAGAGUACUUCGGAGAGUGAUGAUUCUGAAGAAGAAGAGCGUACGGAAAAGCUUGUUGCCCUUGAACGAGAGCUAAAAGCAAUGCAAGAACAGAUGAGGAAGUUGGUAGAAGAAAGUGGGAAGAAGAAGAGUAAAAAGAAGAAGCCUGAAAAGCCGAAAAAGUUGUCAGGUGGUAAGGGAGCUAGCCUAAGCGGUGGUAGUCACAGCGGGGCAAUGAAGGAACUGAUGAAACCUGGUGGAAGAAUUUCUAAUGUGUCCGACAGCGUAGGGGCAAGUAUAGCAAGCGUUGCAAUGGGUGCCGGAGAUUUGAAGAUGCCGAGUGGCAUGGCCACGGAUCUUCAUCAUCCUGCUAUUGCGGUGGUAGGACCCAAUAAGGCCCAUUCCGGUCCUAGCAUUAGCCAUCACCUACCUGCCGCCGCAAAUGCGAAGCCAAAAGGUAAAGCAAAAGGACCUGGAAAAGCUGCGACGACAAAUACAGCUAACAAGAGGCCAAAGGCAAAUAGCAGAUCUACAGGAAAUAAGAAAAAGAAUGCUAGCAAUCAGCCACCUCCGUUGGCCUUUGACUCUGAGGAUGAAGACAAUGCCAAGCCGAUGUCCUAUGACGAAAAGAGACAGCUGAGUUUGGACAUUAACAAACUACCUGGUGACAAACUAGGUCGGGUUGUACACAUUAUCCAAUCACGAGAGCCUUCGCUCAGGGAUUCAAACCCUGACGAAAUUGAAAUUGACUUUGAAACUCUGAAGCCAUCUACACUUAGAGAGUUGGAGAGUUACGUCGCUUCCUGCCUUCGGAAAAAGCCACAUAAAAAGCCUAGCGGUAAACCCAAGGACGAACAGAUGGCGGAGAAAAAACUGGAGCUGGAAAAGCGUUUACAAGAUGUCUCAGGGCAGUUAGGGAAUUGCAAAAAACCUGCUAAAAAAGAAGACAGUAGUAAAUCUGUGGAUGUUGGUGGGACCGGAGGUGCGGGUGGACCGUCGAGACUCUCAGCAUCUAGCAGUAGUAGCAGUGACAGUGAUUCCAGCAGUAGUUCGCUUUCCUCGAGCUCCAGUGAUUCGAGCGACAGCGAAGCAGGAAAUUCUACCAAUCGUCCGCCACGAAAGAAAACCAAGAAAUCCACAACUACUGCAUCUAUUGCUCCUGCUCCUGCAACGGCAUCGACUUUGAACAAUACCGGAGGGCUCCUAUUGAACAAUCAACAACCGCCGUCAAAUAACACUCUACCAACGUCUAAGCCACCAGUCGGAACACAGCCUAAUAAUUUAAAUAUUGAACAAGGAGGCAAUGCCGCCCAGCCUGUGGCUACGGUUGCUGCUGUAAUAGCUAAUCAAGGUAUACCACCCGUAGCUAGUCAUGCUUCGAUGCCGGCUCAACCUACUCGUCCCAUCGCAAUGGCUACCGCUGCUCCAACAAAGAAACCUACUCCUCCGAACUCUUCGAAUCCUCCAACUCCGUCGGUCUCUGUACCUACUCCACCUCCGAGUGUCACUCCAACAAAUACUAACACCAUUAUGACCUCGCCUGUUGGCCCACCGCCUCAGACACAAUUGCAGCCGAUACCACAAUUACCACCACAAACACAACCACCGCCGCAGCCACAACCACAACCACAGCCACAAUCGCAACCACAAGUACAACCACAGCCGCUAGUGCAACCCCAACCGACUCAGCAACAGACCACCGUCAGUUCCUAUCCAAAUACAACUUCAUCUAUAAAUGCGGAUGGACCUACUAUCAAGCAAGAGACAGAUCUUCUUCAGCCAUACAAUACUCUAGCAGCAUCUGUACCCACAACUCAAACGGCAUUGGAACAGACGUUAUCGAAUAUGAUCCAACCACCAUCAACGACGGUGAACAGUUCGCUGAAUCUUCUGUCGGAUCUGAAGAAUCCUGUCAGUAUGAUGACCUCCAGUAUGGCAUCGAACCUGAAUCUGAGCAACAUCAAUAUGGCUAAUUUGAAUAUGAAUUUGCAACAGAGUCUUGCCUCACACCUACAUCCCGCUAUUCACAAUGCACUGGAUAACAUGAUAAAUACUACUUCUGCCCUGACCAAUAUACAAAGUACUCAUAAUAUGACGAUGCCACAGCAGCACUCCAACGGGUUUGCUAAUAUUAAACGAGAAAAUUCACCUCCUAAUACGCUCAAUAAUAAUGGUGUAUCUGGAUUAAGUAUGGGUAUGGGAAUAGGUGGAAUUACUAUGGGAUCGAUCUUCGAUCCUCUGCCAAUGGUUACCAUGCCCGCACAUCCUUCUACAUUAUUACCCAUAAAAAAGGAGGAAAAACCACUGUCUAUGUCGCAGCUACAAAUGCCUCAAAAGACUAUGGAUGCGGGAGCUCUGUUUGCAGAGAUGACUGCUAUGGGAAUGCAACCUAUCAGCAAUCACUCCGGUUCGCAACAUCUUCCUGAGAAGAAGAUGACUCCACCGGACUCUAAGAACCCAGCUGCAAAUUUUGCUUCAGCUUUUAAAAACAAGACUGUUGAACAAAAUGUUAAAAAUGCAUCUUCCUGGUCCUCUCUGGCGCAAGCUUCCAGUCCCCAAUCUGCCGCUGGGACCAGUAUGAAAAGUGCUGCACGGGAUACUUUCCAGGCGUUCAAGAGACAAGCUAAAGAAAAGCAGGAUCGGCAAAGAGCAUUACUGGAACAGCAAGAGGUGCGUCGCCAGCAGAAAGAACAUGCGGAGAGGGAAAGAUUGCGACAGGAGAAUGAAAGAAGAAGAGAACGAGAGGAAGAAGAUGCGUUGGACAAAGUUAGAAAAACUGUCACGGAACAGCCAGCUGUUCCGAUGGUCGCUACCACGAGGGCAGAAGAAGUGAAAGCAGUCGCUGAUACGGACAGCAGUAGUCCAGGGCACUCUUCGAAUCAGGACAAAGCUGCGGCAGAACGUGAACGUCAAAGGUUGCGUGAGCAGGAACGUCGAAGACGCGAGGCUAUGGCCGGUCAAAUAGACAUGAACAUGCAGAGUGACUUAAUGGCUGCUUUCGAGGAAUCUUUAUAAUGUUGCAUCGCUCUGCUCGUGACAAUGUAUUUUAAACCGGGCAGGACUAAGGCGAGUUUUUAUUUUGCCGGGGGUUGUUAUAAAAUGGUGUUGAUAUGUUAUCGUCUAACGAUGAGAUGGACAAAAAUGUGCGCUAAUUACAGUGUACCGAGUGGUGGUGCAGUUGGGACAUUCCAACGAAAUUAAUUAACAUCAUUAUCCGACGAAUUUUGUUGGACAGUUUAGAAACGGACUUUGAUGAGGCGACUGUGUAAUCGACGGACACCAAAGUGUGACCAUGUAACUAGAUAAAUACUUACGACAUACUUCAAUUAUAUUACUGACCAUUGUGUUACAUUUUCCGGUUUUCAUAAGUUUGUACUUCAUGUAAAUUUGGAGAUAAAUUAAUUAUCGUGAAGGAAGGAAGACAUUUACGUGCUGUUGCCGCUGCUGCUGCCGUUGCUCUACUGCUCCUGCCGCUGCUGUUCCUGGAAGUAACAUAAAAAGCAUAUGACAUGUAAAAGUCUGGGGAGCGUAACGUUGUGUACAUUUAGUUAAGUUUUAUAUUUUUCCACAUUCAGUCAUUAAUCGUUCUUAGGAUAACUUAGACCAUUUUUCUGCCGAUAAUACCUACAAUUAUUAGCUAUUACUAAUAAUUUCACUGUAGAUUUAUUUCUCAAUUGUGGAUGCUCCUAUUAAUCGCUGAAAUAGGUAGGCUUUGUUAAGUCGAUAACAUUAAAUACAUACCUAACGUGAAAAAAAUAAUUUAAAAUAAAUUAAAAUUAAAAUUAAAUCGAAUAAAACUUAAAGUAAAUAAGUAAAAUAAAAUAAAACAGUGGUGAACUUUAUUAUAAUCGUGAACGUAUCAGAAAUAAUGAUUUCUGUUAUCACUGUAAGUUAUGUCGGGAAAAAAAAACAAAAAAAAACAAAAAAACAAAUUUAAGUGACUAAAAAAUUCAUCGAUUCACCUUGAACAGUGUUGUCAAUUAUUAUAAAAAUAAUGGUAAAGAGUAAAUACGUGAAUUAUCAUCGA